AUGGCUAGACAGCGCGAGAGCCAUUUGAGCCACGAGGGUGACGAUGAAGAUAUCACAGGCUUCUCAACCGCGAAUUCGGUGUCAGAUAUUUGCGAUCAAUGCUGCAGCAUACAACAGGAGCAAAUGAAAAAGUUAGAAAAGCAGCUCCAAUCCAAGUCUAACAAGCCACAAACCCUUGCCCAGCAAGCUACCGAUAAUCGAGAAAAGCUUGAUGUGGGGGAGAACCGCCGGAGCAUCUUAGAGGAGCAACUGAAGCUAGCAUUUCAAGAGAUGCAGCAAUCGCAGGACAUACUGGUAGAUUCGCAGGCGAUGUGCAUGAACCAGGAAGACGGCAUGGAGAAGCUGCGGGAUUAUAAAAGACGUCUGGAGCAGAGCAGUGGCCAGCUGCAGCAGACCAUCGCAGAGUUGAAUGAACAUCAUCGGGCACAUUGCCAUCCGCUGAAGGGGUCUCUCGGCUUGGCCCAGAGCCGAUGCAGGCAACUGGAGUCAGAGAAGAUUCACCAGCAGCAGUACGUUAUGGAGUUGGAGGCCAAGAUCGCAUCGUUUGAGCACACCGUUGGCCUCCUGAGUAACCAUUCCAAUUGUGCUCAGGCUAGGCUGCAUUCGAUCGAUGCUCUAUUGCUAAAGAAUCAAACACCGCAGGGUGUCACCGCUUGCCUCAGUCACGACGAUCGCAUGGCUCGCCUUCAUCGGGCUCUAGCUAAUCCCAAAGAGACGACGGAUGAAAUUAUCAAGCUACAAGAGCUGCUGAAGGAGCGCGACAGGGAUCUGCACUUGCUUCGCACGAAGGAUAGUCAGUCCCUAGGGAAACUUACCGCUUUAAGCGAGGAAAAAACGCGCCAGGAUUCGCGCAUUUCGUGUCUGCAAAAAGAACUUAGUGAACUACAACAAAAGGCCACAAGCUAUUCGCAACUGCAGCAGCAAAUUUAUCCGUUAAUAGCAGAGCGGGAUGCUCUAAGGGAGCUCAACGAGAAGAGCGACAAUCACCUCAAAGGGAUUCAAGCUGAAGUGCUGAGACUGAACCAAGAUAACGGAAAUCUCAGACAGAAAUGUUAUCGGCUGAUCCUGGAUAAGUGGAAGCUGACUGUUAAGCGGGUCAAAUCAAAUGAGCUUCGCCUGGAGAUGGAUCGCAAACGUGAUCUGUUAGUUCAAGCAAAACUGAAGAUGGAUCGGCUGUCAAAACUGCACGCGGAGACUUCUCGUGAAAAUGAGUAUUUUCGUGAACAAUAUGCCAAUCUCAAGCGAAAUAUGCAAUCCGAUAAAAUCAACUCAGAGCAGCUGGUCAACGUGCUCAAGAUAGAGAAGGACAAUCUUCAGAAAGAGCUCGACAACUUGCAGAAAAGAUGGGAGCGAGAGAUGUCCGCUAAUUGUAGCAAAUGUCUUGAAAAAUCGAAAGGUAUUAGAAAGGCUGAGCUUCAAAUGGCGAACCUCCAGAAGACAAACAAAAGGCAGGCAAACAUAAUCAAAGAACAUUUGGGGAAUGUGGAUCAAGGUAAUCUCUUGACAGCGGAUGUCACUGUGUUCAAGAGGAACGUCGAGCAGCUUAAGGACUACAUUAAAGAGCAGAAAAAUGUUGAUAAGUCGGUCACUCCCCACGAUACUUCAGAGACCUGCCAGAGUUUCAGAGGCGCUACGGAGGCGUCAACGACUUCGACAGAGCUCACCUACGAGCACAUCAAGCAGAUUGAGCAGCGAUGUUGCGAUCAAAUUGCGGAGGAGUCUAAGAGCUUAUCUUCUCAGAUGCGAAAGGCAGGGGAGAAGUACCAAUGUCUUCAAGCCAAGUAUGAACAGCGCCUGAAGGAAGUGGAGCUGCUGAUGCGCACCAUUACGGAGGAGCGUGCCCAGUCCUCGAAAAUUCUGGACGCUAAGAAUGCCGAACUAAAAAGCAUUCUGGGGAAAAGUCGCGAAAAGGAACGACUCAUAGCCGACCUUCAGCACGGCUUCGACGAUGUAUUUUCUAGCAUUGAUUCCGAGCGCCUAACGAUGAAGACAGUGUUGGAACAGUGGGAGUCGCAAAAGAUGCAGGUCUUGCAGGUGGAGAAAUACUGGCAGGAUCGGAUUGCUAUUAUGCAAGGUCACCAUCAGCAGGCCAUGGAGACUGCCCAAAACCACAGGCUCUACGCAGAAGAGAAGGCUAUAGAGUACCAAGAGUCGCUGGCUAGGAUGAAGCAGCGUAUGAGCCAGGAGCGCAGUGCAUAUCAACAACGAGAGCCAAGUGAGACCGAGCGACGCCAAUAG